AUGUCUCAAUUAUCAAGUAAAUAUAGUAAUCUUCCUGACAUUGAGACCCAACCAGACGUUUAUGAAUCUCCAGAUACACCUGAAGAAAGUGAUGCUGUAGACAAUGGGGCUGUUGAUAAGUUUAAGGGCAGUAUCAUCAAUGCUUCUGAAACUGAUUUCCCUGAUACUCAAGAACUUGAUGAAGAAUUGGAAAAGAUAAGUUUGCAAAAAGAUCUUAGUCGACUAUCUCAAAAUAUAAGUGAACCAGAUUCUAUAGACAAAAAGGAAGGAACAAUAAUAAAACAAGCCGAAAUGAAUGAAAAAUUAAUGGUUAUGAAUGAGUUAUAUUAUAUACCUGAAACUGCAAAAAUUCACAUUUUAGCCAAGACAGUUGAACUUGAUGGAUGUAUUUCUGCUUUAGAAAAACUUGUUGGAUCUAUUUCCAGGAAAGCUAAUAAAGCUAAUGCUUUGGCUGGUGAAUGGAGAAAUUAUAAUCUUUCAUUGAUUAAUUAUUAA